AGCUAGAAUUUCUAGUUUAUAUUUCUCUAGUUCCUGCUGCACAUUAGUUCGCUAGUUGCUGUUUUGCUUUUCCAGCUGCAUUUGGUGUACGUAGUUCAAAGUGUUUGUUCAUGGAAGAAAUUAGUAGUGUUUUACAGAUGUUUUCUUAUCAGAGGAAAAGAAAAAACCCAUCCUAAUGCAGCGUUGGGGCAGUAAACGUGAAAUGAUGGGAGAUGAUCCCCCCUAUCUCACAGUGGGCACAGAAGUAAGUGCCAAAUAUAAAGGUGCUUUUUGUGAAGCAGAAGUGAGGAAGGUCGUUCGCAGCGUAAAAUGCAAGGUUGCCUUCAAAUUUGGACUUGGGAAUGCAACUGUCACAGAUGACCAAAUUCGGGGAUCUCUGAGAGCUGGCUCAAACGUUGAAGUGAAGCAUCCCGAGAAAAAAGAAUUUGUAGAAGCUACGAUCACAAAAAUCCAAGAUUGCAGUCAAUAUACUGUCGUGUUUGAUGAUGGCGAUAUCACCACUUUGAGGCGAACGGCUCUGUGUCUGAAGAGUGGACGCCAUUUUGCCGAAAGUGAGACAUUGGACCAGCUGCCUCUCACUCAUCCGGAGCACUUCGGAAAUCCGGUGAUCGGGGGACGUCGUGGCCGGCGUAACAGAGAGGAGAGCAGCGACGACGAUGAUGAUUGUCUGUCGACGCGCAAGGGUGGCGGAGGGGCCGGGGGGAGGGGUUCCGGGGGCAGAGGAGGCGGAAGCCGCAUGGAGGUGGAGAAGGAGGCGGACAUCGGCAAGGUGGUCUGCGUCGAGAUGAGCGACAAGAAGAAGCAGAAGGACAACUGGUUCCCGGGCCUGGUGGUCGCACCCACUGCGCAGGACACGGUGCGCAUACACGUCAAGGAAGAGUAUCUGGUGCGCUCGUUCAAGGAUGGCCGAUAUUACACAGUUCCAAAGAAAGAAGCCACUUCAUUCACCAGGGAAAUCGGCUCCAAGGUUGAUAACAAUACAUUGAGGACAGCUGUUGACAAGGCUUUGCUUUUCCUCGAUAAGGAUGAGUUACCUCCCCAUUGGGACAGAGAACUUCUCUUUGGUUUGGAAGAAUCCACUGGCUCCGAAUCCGAUGCCGAUUUGGACUCUGAUUCGUCAGAUAAUGAGCCACGAGAAGAGAAGGACCAUUUUGUCGCACAACUUUAUAAAUUCAUGGAUGACAGGGGAACACCAAUCAAUAAAGGACCAACAAUCUCGGCCAAAGAUGUGGAUUUGUAUAAACUGUUUAUGGUGGUGCAGAAGCUUGGAGGGUACAAUCGCGUCACCAACCACAACCAGUGGAAAACCAUUUCGCACAAACUGGGUUUCGGCCAGAAUGCUUCCACCGUCAACCUUGUCAAACAUGCCUAUAAAAAGUUUUUGCACAGUUUCGAGGAUUUCUACCGAAAACUUGGUUGCACCAUGCUAAGUCAUCCUAGAAACAAUAGAGCGAGACAUAGGUCCAGCAGGAGUCUCAUCAGAGACAGAGAUCGCGCUACACCAAAAAUCAAGGACAAAGACGGCAAAGAUUCUGACGAUCCAAAAGAGGCCUCCACUUCGCAAGAUGUCAUCAAGAAAGAAGAAGUGGUGAAAGAAGAGGAAAAGCCGAAAGAGGUAACAGUUGUAGAAACCCCUAAAAGGGAAAGUCGCAGCAAAGAGAUGAUGAGGAGUGCUAAAGCAAUGACAAAGGAGGACAACAAAGUGGAGAAGAAGGAGAUGGAGAAGGUGCAGCAGCAGCAGCAGCAGCAGCAGCACGAGGCUGUAGCGACGACUGUGAAGAAGAGUGUGGAGGAGACGAGGAGGGGUGGUGAAGAAGGAGCAAGGAGCAAGGAGAGGGUGAAGUUGACGGCAUCGUCCAGCAACGAAGAGCAGCACAAAGCGAACAAGGUGAUGACCGGCAGACGCGAGGCAAAAGCAAAACAGGAAGAAAAGGACAACUACGAAGAGAAAGCGAAAAGUGAGAUUAAGCAGGGGAAAGUGGCCGCCAAAGAACAACAGCCGAAGAAGAGGAGUCUAUUUGAGAAGGUGACGGGUGUCAGGAAGGGUCCACGUGGCGGGGGAGGAGGAGGGGGAACUGAGGAGACAUCAUCGAAACCCCCCAAGGCGAAACGGCCGUCACUCGGCCUUGCUGCCGUGCGACAGAAGCGAUCCCUCAAAGAUCGCAUGAAAUCCAUCGUUCGCAAGUUCAAACUGAAGGGUGGAACUAGUACUAACACUACUACCCUCACAACCACCACCAACAAACCUCUCUCUAAAACUACCCUACUCACCCAACAACCACCCACUUCCCACAACUCUACACAACCCAUCCCAAAACCCUCCCCAGUAACUAAAUCUCUCCCCCCACCCAACCCACCUCCUCCAAACCCUCCACCUCCCUCCAAACGACAGCCCGAUGGCAAUGAUGGUGAUGAUGAUGAUGAUGAUGAUAAUGAUGAUGAGGAUGCGAGCAAUGCAUGCCACCAUGCGAGCAAGACCACCAUCCCCGAAGUAGUAAACGGCCUCGACAUUGCUGAUGACGAUGAUGAAAACACUGACAAGGAUGAUGCCAUGGGUUCGGGUACAGGCUUGCGCAGUGUAACUCCAACAAUAUCACCGCGUUGUGGUGCUCAAAGCCAAGACACACAGCCCGUCAACCAAACGAGUCCCAUUGCGCAUGCGCUGCCCAUCAGCCAAUCACAGGCCGCCGCGCUGAGGCCUCGGAGCACAGACGGCGGCAGCCAUCUUGACAGUGGUGGUUCAGCCUAUCACAGCAAGAAUAUACAGUUGACGCGAUCUAAAUCUAAAGAAGAUAUACCGAUAAGAGUGAGAAAAGAGCCUACCAGCACAGACACAAAGAAGACUUCUUCUUCGCCCCAAAACUUGUCUUCACCCAACAACAGUAAGGAGCAGUCAGAAGCCGAUAAGAGACGAGGAAGGAAACGUAAAGAAGACGAGAAAGGACCUUGUGAAGAAGUUCUUGAUCAAUUACCUAGCUACAAGUCGGUAUCAGUUGGGGACAAACUGAAAGUCUAUUACGGACCAACACAUGAGUCGAAAGUGACUUACGAGGCAAAGGUAUUGAGCAGCAAAGAGGAGAAUUCAGAGACUCUGUACUUGGUGCAUUACACAGGGUGGAACACUAGGUACGACGAGUGGAUAAAGCGUUCACGAAUUGCAGACAACCUGAGCUGGUCUCCUGGUCGUGUCAAACGCAAUAGGCAACCUCAACAACAGUGUUUGAGAAGGAGUGCUGGUGGUGCAGCACCGACGAAGCGAGGACGCAGCAGCGACACUGGCAGGUCGACCGCCCCCUCCCCCUCACCACGGGCCAGGCUCCCCUCCUCCACUCGCACGCAUACACGCUCCAAGCAGAGCUCCCGUCGCAUCUCAGCACACACAGAUUUGUCAGAUACAGACAGUGGUGAUGAAUCGGACAGCGAGUCGGACAGUGAGAGCAACAGUCCGCUGCAGAAGAGAGCCGACAAAAUGGUGGGCAGUAGCGAUGAAAAAGACGAGAUGGAAAUUCGCACCAAGAGGCGAGCAGCGCUGGCUUUCGCGCACACGCUCAGCUUCGAGAGCAAAGAGGACAAGAGGAAGCCAACAGCGCCGUCGACCAGCGAGGAUGAACGCGACCUGGAAAAGUGCAAAGACGACGUCGACAGGAAACCACACGAGCGACGAUCUGCGUCCAGAGUUAGCAUUGAGAAAGAGCAGAACGACGAACAAACCGCAGAAAGGAGAGGACGGAAGUUGAGAAGUGACCGUGCCAGCCGACCUUUGUCGGACAGUGACGAAGAAAAGGACGAAGAGAAAGACAAGAGAGAAGGUAAGAGAGUGUCUCUUGAAAGAAGGAAAAACGAAGAAUCGAAAGCCAAGUUAGAAGUCAAGAAGGAAUCAAACGAACUGGAUGAUGGACAAAGCUCUAGAAUCUCGAGAACCAAUGAAAACAGUUGUAAGGAUGAUAGUGAUGAAUCAUUGGCUAAAUUACGCAGAAAAACUGAAGUUCAUAAAAUGGAAUGUGAUGAUGGUAAAUCACAGACAGUCGACGAUAAUACGAACAGGUCCGACAGGUUGAGAAAUCGGUCCGAUAAUAAAAAAAGGUUUGAAGCAAAAACAACGGACGAUACUAGUAAAUUUGAUUCAAAGAUGCAAUCAAUUGUCGAUAAAGUUUUGAAAUCUACGUCAGUUGAACCGGAAAUAAAGCCCGAAGUGAAAGAAAUUAAAGAAGAACCAGCCAGUGAUGUGUCUGAGAGUGGCGAGAAUAAGAAGAAAACACGCUACGAAAGAGUUAAGAAGGAGAGAAAUGCUGAAGAUGAAUCGUCUCAAGACACGGAGAGAAAUAGAAGGAGUAGGAGAGUGGUAAUGAACAAGAAAGACGAUGCAAAAGCGAGUAGUAGCAAGGAUGAUUCUGACGACGAAGUUCUGCAGCAACCAAAGGGAAGAGACUUCGAUCUGAUGCAGAUCAGAUCAGAGUUGAAAGGAAUCGAUAAAGCCGUCAAAAUGCCACUUGAAGUGAAGAGCUCUGAAACGGAGGUGAAGGAAAUAGCCUCAGCUUCGGACGUUGUCAAGAAAGAGCCAGUUGAUGUGAAAGUGAAAGAGGAGCAAGAAUCACCAACUAAAGAAGCAAUGGAUCUGUCAGCUGAUGAUAUCUACGAGUUCAAAGAGCCCGAACCAUUCGAGUUCGAGGUAAGACCCAAGUGCAGUGAGGAGAAAGGAGGCAAAAUGCAGAGAAGGACUUUCGGUAGGAUGUGCGACGAACUACCUAAAACACCUUCUCCUCUUAAAAGGAAGCUGGUCAGAAGUAAGCCUUCGCGUUCACCUCCUGAAGUUAAGAAACGGUUCCGACGAAGUAUCACCAAAAAAGAUGAGUGUCCAUCUUCGGAUGCUAAGGGUGCUGCGGAACCAGAAACCAGUAACCAAACUACUGAGAAGAAGAGUGUUGAGAAACCUGCUGUUCCGGUUAAGUCACUCAUAGAAGAACAAAAGGAUAUAAAAAAUGUUGCACCGAAAGAAGUCAUUGAAAAGGAAAAGGAGAUUCCCAGUAGAGUGGUUGGGUUGGAAUCUUCAGCUAAACCACAAACCAAUGAACUCAGCGUGCCAAAUGAUGCUGUCAAACCUGUGCUAGAUAAAGUUGGAAGGGGAACUUUGGAUGAAGAAUUGAACGAGGUAAAAAGUAUUGAUGAACCUGUGAAGGUCGCACAAGACGCAACAGAGAAGAAAGUUGAAGAGAAGGUGGCAGAAAUAGUAGAGAAAGGGGCAAAUAGUAUUGAUGUUGAUGAUGACGACGAUGAUGAUGGUGAAAAUAGGUUGGUGAUAUUUGAAUUAGAUGAACAAGAGAAAGAGAAAAGAGAAAAUGCUGCUUCAAUGAGUGAUAGUAAAGAAGCGUCUAAAGUGACAGUGGUUGAAAUGAAAAAGGAAGAGGUGAAAAAGGUUGAACCACCAACUAAAGAGGUGGUAGUGGAGGCUAACAAGGAUCUGGUAACUAUUGAGAAAAAGGAUGACGUUCCAAAGAAAGUGGAACCGCCAAAAGUGAGUGUGGUGGAGGAGGAGGAGGAGAAGAAGAGAGAUGUGAAGAAGGUAGUCGAAGAGAAGAGGGAAGAAGUAGACAAGAGUGAAGAGGAAGAGGAUGACGAGGCAAUUAAUGCAGCCAUUAGACGUGUCAUUCAACAAACCGACGAAGAAAGCAACGAUUUCGAUUCACUGCCGCCACCUGUCAGAACUGUUGCACCCCCUCCACCACCUCCACCACCACAAGCACCCCAAACUCCAUCUCCGAUAACAUCUUACAAGAAAGAUAACAAAAGGCGAAAGGUGACAAUCAGUAAAGAAUUCAUUGAAGAGUCAGAUUCAGAUAGCGAUGUUGAGGUGAAGCCCAUUCCCAAACCCACCACAUCUAUUUCGACUUCACUUGCUCAUUCUAUGGGAACUGUUACAACAUCCGCUCCGGCCAUUCAGUCACCGGUAGUUCUACAGAAACCUGUCACGGUUACAAUUCCGUCAGUUUUGAAAACAACAACCCUUCCCGUACAGACAUCUGCUUCCUUGAAAAGCAAUUUUACUCUUUCUGCCCUGCAGGGUUCCAAGAUUACCACAGCAGCAUGUGGGCUGAUCAAACCGACCCUUCCGGGUACCAAGAUCUUGUUGAAUGUAUCAACUUCAGUGCAUCGCCCACCAAUGGCCACAGUCGCAACCACCGGACAUUUGCCAAUACUCACCGCUAUCCACAAACCUCCUCCUCUGACUUUUACCAGUCCCCUGACGCUGACCAGACCAUGCCUCCCUCUACUGACUCAGAGACCUCCACAAAGCACGGAUCCCAGCACAUCCAAACAAACUCUCACAUUGCCGAUUCUAUCCGCCAAACCUAUCAUCACAACAUCAACCAAUCUGCCGCAAACCGUUUCCAAUUUCACGCUAUUAUCAUCUGACAUGAAGGCGCUGCCCCAUCUCAUACCGAAACCGAACUUUGUAACCCAGUCAACAUCUACUUCAAUCAAAUCGACUCCGAUUUUGAUUGCUACCACUGUUCCUACAGCCGCUCUAACGGCUACUGACACCAAAAAACUCGCCGAGAAGAAGGAUAGUGUGGAAGUGAAGGUUGAAGACAAAUGUAUAAGAAUUGUAACUGUUGAUGAGGCAUCGAUAAAAACCAACAAAGCUGCUAGUGAGAUUAGUAAUGUGGCUGAGAAGAAAGAGGAGGUUAUUGUCGCCACAGUCAAGGAUGCAGUGAAAGAGGACAAAAUAGAUGUAGUUGGCAACUUGAUACAACAAAAGAAGAGCUCUACCUCUGAACUUGUCCCCUUGCCUACAGUUGUUGAACACAAAAUCGUGCCCGAAGUAAUUGAACCGGUCAAAGAAGUAAAGGCAGCUGAUAAAGUUGUUGAGAUACAGAAAAUCGUUGAAGACAAGCCGGGGAAAGUCGAGACAAAGUCGGAAGAGGUGAUGAAGAUGGUAUUGGAGGAGAUGCCCAAAACUAACAAGGUAGAAGAGGAAGAUGAUGAGGAUGACAUUAAACUAGAAAUAGCGGUUGAGGAGGAAGUGAAAUCAGAAGACGAAGAGGAGGAGAGAAGGAUAAUGAAGGAGUUCGAUUUGGCUGAAGAAGAGACAAUGGAGGCUGAUGAAGAUGAUGGGGAAGUGGAGGAUGAGGAUAUGGAUGCGGAUGAGGAGGAGGAAGAGGAUGAGGUCGAGGAACGCGAGGAGGAAGAGGAGGAGUGUGUGCAGUCGCUUUUGUGCGAGGAAACGAUACCGGGCAGUCCCGCUCCGCCCGCCGGGAAAGGCAAGGGUGACAACGACGACGACGACGACGACGAUGAUGAUGAUGACGGUGAGAGUGACAAGAGACCCUUGGCUAAGACAAACGAGUUGCCGUUCGCCAGCGCGCCGGGAACCAGUCAGCAUAGCGGUACCUCGACCAAUCACAGCAAGCCUGUCGUCCAGCAGGCCCCGUUGACACGCCCCCUGCUGCCCCCGCCCCCUUCGGCCCAGCCGCCAAUGGCAGUCGUUGCCCCGCCCACUGCUCCGCCCGACACUCCUCCCACCACUCCCGACAGCAGUUUGUCGCCAAUCUCCAACUCGCCUAGAGGUGAAAGGAGUGGAUCAUCUCCAGGCUUGGACAACGAUAGUACAAAAUCUCAGAGAGAUUCAUCCGAAAUUGACCUUGACUAUACGGAAACAAACAAAAUCGGUCAUUUCAGUGAAGAAGACUCAGUUUGUGCAGCGAGUGUUGCCGGCACAACUUUGCUGAAAAAGCCGCUAGGCAUGGCAACGUCGCAUCAGCCGCAGCUGCAUCAUGACGUCGAGUCGUCGCCGUCGAAAAAGCGUCGGCGCAGUAGAAAGCGCUCCGAGGAAGUAUGCAAGCGAGCCAAACUCGCCAGGAGAAGUCCACGUAAUCCUGCUGGCAGCGAUAGUGACGAUACAUCUGAAAACUCGCUGGCUGGAAGCUCUCUCGAUGUCGCGGCAUCUUCAAGGUCUCCCAAGCCAUCGAAACACAACUUCUAUGUUCAGUUGGAUCCUGAGUUAGAUGGAGCCCAAAGAAUAGAAGUUCUGCAGAAGAAGCUUCAAGAGCUUCGCACAACUUACAUGUCAUUGAAAAGCGAACUGGCCUGCAUAGAUCGAAGGAGAAAGAAGCUGAGGCGGAGAGAGAGAGAGGAAAAAUGUUCGAGGCAGCAGGAAGUCCAGUGCUCAUGAUGACAGCUGAUUAUGAAGAGCUCAAACUGUAAGAGUCGACCAGAAUUGUACUUGAAAUUCACAUAAUUUCACCAUUUCAUUCAUUUUUACGUCAGUUUUAGUGAUAUUAUUGUUAAUUUCAGUUUAGUAACGUAGGUAAAAAUAAUUUUCUUUUAGCGUUUAGAUUUUACAAAUUAUUGAAGUCAUGCAGUCAGGCUAUGGAAUAUCAAUGUGCAUUGCUUUGGAAUCUUUUGAGAGGAUUUGGUCAAUUCAGUGUAUUUUUUAUUGCUAUCUACCUAUUAAUGAUAUUCAUACUUAACAGAGAUGUAUCAGAUGUAUCAGCUGUAAUAUGUGUAUGUGUGUUUGUCCCUGUACAUUGUAAAGAUGGAUUUAACUAUUUACUAAUUUAUUAAUUCCACAACUUGUGGAGACAUGAGCAAUAACCAUCGAUUAAUAUUUUCUAACUAGGUUUACUUGAUGUAAUUACAAUAUUAUUGUCCCAAACAAGAUAUAUUACUAGAUGUAAUAGAUUAUUAAAUAGAGAGUUAUAUUUACUAUUUAAAAGAAUAUUAUACGAAUAUAUUUAUAUAUUUUUAAUAUAUUUAUUAUGUAAUUUGUAAAUAAGACUGCUUUAUAUCAGUGUUAUCAUUGUGAAAAUUAUUUUAUGGUUUCUUGUGUGCAUCGAUUAUGUAUUAUUUACAGUUUGAAUCUAUGUUUGUUAUUUGAAUCAUGGAUGCGACUUAAUUAAUUUCUUUUCAAAUACUUCACAAAAUCAUUAAAAAAUAUGAAUUAUUUAUCCACUGAUAUUAACUGUUUUUAUAAGUGUGGAUUUUAGAUGUAUUUUUUAUUAUAAUGUUUUAUAAUAGUAUCAGAUGUCACUAACAGUUUUCGAGGCUAUUAUUAUAAUGUGUAUAUUUACAAGUUAUAUGUAAAUACUGUAGUUUACUCAUUCAGUUGUCAUGUGGAGAAAUCUCGCUCAAAGCCUCUUCAUUUUGUAACUAUAAGAAUAGUAUCUAUUAUGGAGUAAGCUGCCCAAUGAUAAGAUUUUUUAAGUCAAUGAUUAUGUUGUCACUGUUGUUUUUUGUUGAAGUUAGAUCAUGUACAUAAUAAUAAGUGGAAUUAAAAUUUGAGUUGCUAAAAAUA